UGGAAACAGCGGAAGCAUCAAGACACUACAGUUCAUUCAGGAUGUGUUCACUCACAUGUGCUGUUUUAUAGUGUGUGUCCUUCCCACGUGGCUGAAAGCUGGAUUUAAAGGAUUAAACCACACAGGGGCAGUUUAAGGUUAUUGGUGUGUGAGCUCUCUCCUCCACUAUGACUGAUCUGUUUGCCUGUGAUGAGCCAGCUGCAUGGAGGAGUGUGCACGACCAGUACUGGGAUGUAGUGGAGGCCAAGUCCAAGAGCAAGAAACCUGGAAAACUGCUGAUCCUGGAGAAGUGGUACCAAGAGGAGCUGCCCAUGCUCAUUUCAGGUCGAUCUGACAAACAUGUCACUCUGUCAGAGCUGGUGAAGCUGAUGGAGUGGAAGCUCACAAGAGGGAAGUUCAGGCCGAGGCUGCAGCAGCUGGUGGCGUCCAACAGUGAGGAUACCGUGGAGAAAUGUUCCAGACAGGCCUUCAGCCUCCUGCCUGACAUGCAGGCAGCGAUCGCAGAGCUCAGCUCCCUCAAAGGAGUCGGGCCAGCCACUGCUUCAGCUGUGUUGGCGGCAGGAGCUCCGGAACAGACUGCAUUCAUGUCUGAUGAAGCCAUGGAGAGUGUGCCGGGACUGAAGCCCAUCCAGUACACAGCCAAGCAUUACGCGCUGUACCUGGGCAAGAUGGUGGAGAGAACAAAAAAACUAAACAAAGUGGAUCCCCAGCGGGACUGGACGCCCCACAGGCUGGAGCUGUGUUUGUGGGCGAUGAGCGUCGCCACUCAGCUGCAGCUCCCGCUAGUCAAGGAGGUCGAUGUGAAGGGAGGUGGUGCGGCGGCGGCAAAGGGCUCGGACUCCGACACUGACCACAGACCAAAGAAGAAGCUCAAAACAAAAUGAAACUCCCAAAUGUUUAGAUUUUAGUAUUAAACUUAGAUGUUUGUCAGUUUUUGUAUUUUUCCAAUGUAAUAAAGACUUAAAUUUG